AUGGCGGAGAGACAGCAGCAAGUUUACUUGGCUAGACUAGCAGAGCAAGCUGAGAGAUAUGAUGAGAUGGUUGAAGCAAUGAAGAAGGUUGCAAUAUUGGAUGUGGAGCUGACUGUGGAGGAGAGGAAUCUGGUGUCAGUUGCGUAUAAGAAUGUAAUUGGGGCAAGAAGGGCAUCAUGGCGUAUUUUGUCAUCCAUUGAACAAAAGGAGGAGGGUAGGGGGCACGAGCAAAAUGUGAAAAGGAUAAGGGAUUACCGACAAAGGGUUGAGGAUGAGCUUACAAAGAUAUGCAGUGACAUUUUGUCAGUAAUUGAUGAACACCUGCUCCCAUCAUCCUCAACUGGAGAAUCAACUGUUUUCUACUAUAAAAUGAAGGGAGAUUACUGUCGUUAUUUAGCCGAGUUUAAAACAGGAAAUUAUCGUAAAAAAGAGGCAGAUCAGUCAAUCAAGGCUUAUGAGGCUGCGACUAAGAUUGCUUCCUCUGAUCUUCCCCCAACCCAUCCAAUUAGGCUCGGUUUGGCUUUGAACUUUUCUGUUUUUUACUACGAGAUCUUUAACUCCCCCGAAAGGGCUUGCCACGUAGCUAAACAUGCAUUUGAUGAGGCUAUUGCAGAACUUGAUAGCCUCAAUGAAGAAUCCUAUAAGGAUAGCACUCUCAUUAUGCAGCUUCUUAGGGAUAAUCUCACACUAUGGACCUCAGACCUUUCAGAAGAGGGAGGUGAGCAAUCUAAGGGUGAUGAACCUCAGGGGGAGAGUUAG